GAGCAGACAGGGAAGGAGCUGAGAUGGCCUCCUUCAGCCUAUAUCUAUUGGGAUAUCAAAAUUUCUUUCAGCACAAGAAAAGGAACACAACUGAAGAAACAAACCAGAAGGAACUGGGGCCCACCAGGCUUCCCCUGAUUACCUCAGAAGAUGGGAAUUAUUCCGUGCACCAAAAUAGCCACAGGAGGUACCAUGAAGCUGUACGGAAGGUGUUGUUAAAGACAUUCCCCAACCAGGUCUUCAGAGUCCCCUUGACUGAUGCUCAGAACUUCAGCUUCUGGAGGUCCCACAAUCCAGGAGCACGCCCAGAGGAAGCCAUGCCAUGGAUCCGGAGCCCUCGCCACUGCCUCAUUAGAAGUCCAAUGACCAGGUUUAUGGAUCACUCUAUUCUCAAUGACAGAAACUUCAGUCUGUAUUGAGCAGGAUAUGUUUGCAUAAUGACAAGAUGGACUAUGGAAGAAGGGCAAAGAAGGGGAAAGAGGAAGAAGGCAUCCUGGUUCUGAUGGCUGACUAACAGGAGGAGGGGAUCAAGAAAGCAAAGUAAACAGAUUGCACUAGAAGUCACUUGUAUGCACUGAAAGGAGGGGGAGGGAAAUUAUCCCAAUGCCCAGAUUCCUAUGAGAUCAGAUAUGUGAGAGAGUCGUGAAGGAGCCAGAACUUGGUGUUUGGUUUGGGAGGGGCCAGGGCAGUGGAAAGACCACCACAGGGAGGCCUGAUCUCAUAUGAGGAAGGGGUUAGGGUAACAUAUCUGGAAGGACACACUGGUCUUCAUGAUGCUGAAGGGCCUAGAGUAGUCGUGCUGUCUGAAGACAAUUGCAGCUUCACCUUGGCAGGGAGAAAACCAGAGGAAGCCCUCUGACCACAGACGAGAGGUCCACAGAGCCCUCGGGCAGGAAGCUGCCUCCUACUCCAGGCUCUGCCACUUCCAACCCAACCCGGAGCCCAGAACAGCUGCAGAGAACAGGGAAUUUUUUUACAAAGAGUUUGAUUUUUAUUGAUAUUUAAAUAUAUUAAAUAUUUCACUGAAAUACAUGGUACAUCACCCUGCCCCCCUCCCAACAGUGGUUACAUUAUAAAACCAUGGCCCUCCCAUCCACUGACUCCCCCACCAACUGGUGAGGAAAGGGGCGAUGGUAGCCCAGGGGAAGAGCAUGGCUGGCACUGUGGUAUGGGGAGCCAGGGUCUGGACAGGCCCUUGCCACCUGGCAAAAAGCAGAGACAGGUCCCCCAAGAAUGAGGUCUUCUCACUCUGGUCUCCUUAUACCCUCACCCCAACUCCAUGGCUCCAAGCAGUCCCUUCCUAUCCAGGGAUAUGGCUGAGGGAAGAGGAGCUGAUUUUCUGUCUGGACCCAUUAAGUGUUUUGCCCUCCUCCCGCCUUGGCUCAUGAAAUGCCUAAUGGCCUAUUGGGUUGAUGCAUAAAGAUCCUGCAAGGCAGGCAGUUCAAACCAGGAGCUGGAGUCAGGAAGGGCACGAGGAAGGGCAAGAGUACCACUUGCCCCUUCUACUCCCAAACCCAGCCACUCUGGGACCCUCUCUCCUUUGCCUCUCUAAUCGCCUCCGAGACAAAGCAAUCUUCAAGCAAAAUUCAAGCUCAUGCCUUUGACUUAAUUAGGUACAGAUGG